CUGUAACACCAUAAGAAACCCAAAGGAAACGUAAUGCGCCCAGGCCGCGCACAUGUAAGCUGCUUCGCCCACCACACGUCGAGAGCGGCCGCCCGCGAGACGAGUCGUAACGCCACACAUUCGAAGCUCGACGGAAAUGUGCAUCUAUCGCAUGAAUGAAUUGAGAACUCACUAUGGCGUGAGAGCUCUCGGUCUGAUGCUCUGUUCACCCCGACCACUCGGGCUUCCUCUGUGCGCGUGAUCCAUACACCGCAGACAAAUCAACCGUCCUGAUGCAUUCGCGCCGCAGAAGGUCCGCUCUGGGCUAUCGCGCACGUCUCGGAAUUGAAGCCCGUGUCCGUGCAGGUCGUCUCGUGCGAUGUUCGGAUCUUCCCUGCAUCGCGUCGAGGCGUCGAUGCCGCGAUGUGUCUGUGAGAGCAGGGUCGGGCUGCCAGCGCGUACCCGUGGUUGUGACCGCCAUAGGGGCUGCUGUGUGGUCGCAGGGCGAUGGCGGUUGUAAGACGCGGCGUAUCGCCAUCGAAAACAGGUCGUCGUCCGCGUUCUGGACAGAGGCGGACGGACGCAGGCUGCCCAGACGCAACGCGAGCGCACGCUUCGUUGGUACAUCUAUAAACGAGAUGCACGCGGACUCACCGGCUUCGCAUUCGCAUGUAUGCCACCCAGCCUCUGCGCACCCUCGCUCCUCGUUCCGUGAACGGUUAUCGAGAUGGAGGCGGCCGAGCUGCGCUGCAGAUCUUCGCUGCUCCGAGCGAGAGAGCAGAGCGGUCGGUGAAUAUGGCGGUUGUAGGACAAUGCGAAGGCCGAGGCUGUGGAGGCAGUAUGCGAUGGUGUGAGCCAGUUGGGACGCUGGGGCAGCCUUGGCAGCGCGCGCGCGUGUGGGCUUUGAUCACAGGCCAAGACUCAUGUGCAUGGCUUUCCGUGUGCAAGUCGGCUUGCACUCUCUUGCACUUCGCUGCUGACACUCAGAUGAUCACAUCGUGAUGCAUGACGCAAGAAGAUUACUCAGGCAUGAACUCAACGCUAUAUAGAGGAC